AUGACCGACCCGGCAGCUUUGUUAAGCGUGCCAAAAUACCAUGGCGAGGCAACAUUAGCAGGCGUUCUAAAAGAGCAUCUGCGGCAAAGAGAAAGCGGGAGGAGGAAACCGAGAGCCCGCAUUGAAAAGCUACUCGCAAUGCAGCCGAGGCCGCUGCAACUUCCAUUUACCGGUCCCAGGCAACCACAACUGAGAAAACCGCACGUAACGCAGCGAAACCUGCGGCAACGUACAUUCGUUGGUCCCAGGAACCCAUAUCUGAGAAAAGCCGACACCAAAGCUGUAGAAGGACCUACUGUAAGGCUUGAAAGGUUGCAGACUGUUAACCAGCGCCGCAGUUUUGAGGCUUUCCGGUCGCAAAGACCUCGAAAUAGGAUCCAUGUCUGUCUGUAUUGCAAUGCCAAAAAAUGGCCUGGAGAGUCUGCAGGUUUGUGUUGUUCAGACGGUAAGGUACAGUUGCCACCUUUUCAAGAACUACCUGCUUCGUUGAAAGCUCUCUUGGAGGGUUCCAGUCCAGACUCCAAACAUUUCCUUGCAAAAAUCAGACAGUACAAUUCUGCCUUCCAGAUGACCUCUUUUGGUGGUAAUGCCUUCCGCGAAGUCGGUUGGAAUCCCACCUUCAAAGUUCAAGGUCAGGUUUACUACCGGAUUGGGCCUCUUUUGCCGGAAACUGCCACUGAUUCGGCCUUUCUACAAAUAUACUUCAUAGCUGACUACAAUCAGCAGGCAGAUGCCCGUAUGUGCAUUAUUCCCGAGAACGAUACAGGCCAGGACAAUCAUCCUCGCAGGGAUAUCAUAAUGAGUCUCCAACAAAUGCUCCACGAGACAAACAGCUAUGUCUGCAGUUUAAUAGACAUGGCUGCUAUGAUGGAAUCCGAAAAACUCUGUUACAUCAAAGUGAAUCAGACAAAGUUGCGCUGCUACUCUUACAUUCACCUCCGUGAUGCUUUACGAAAUGACGCUGAUCCACGCAAUAUGGGCAAGAUGUGCAUACUACCUGCAACGUUCACAGGCAGUCCACGAUACAUGCACGCGAGGACUCAAGACGCGAUGACAUACGUUCGUAAGUACGGCCGACCAGACCUAUUCAUAACUUUCACGUGUAACCCAAAAUGGUACGCAAUUGCUAAAGAACUUAUGCCGGGGCAAUCGGACUACGACCGUCCAGACCUCAUUGCGCGCUGGCAGAAAGGCGGCCUGCCUCACGCACAUAUAUUGAUUUGUCUGUGCGACAAGAUUGAGGCCACAGAAACCGAUCAUCUUAUUUCUGCUGUAAUUCCUGAUCCGUUGGCUGACCCUGAAUUAUACGAAAUAGUGACAACCAACAUGAUUCAUGGUCCCUGCGGGUCGCAUUGCAAUUACACCAGCUUUCACAACAGCGACGGAAAAUGCACCCGGCAGUAUCCACAAGAUUUCUUGGGCGAAACCAUUACAGGGAGCGAUGGUUAUCCACUGUACCGGCGAAGAAGUCCCGCUGAAGGAGGAUUUACAGGCGUGUUCGCUCCAUCAAGUAUGUAUGCAAGUACAUCAAACAAAGGGACUGAUGCUGCAAUGUUUGGUAUUAGGCAGGAAGGUUCCGUAGACGAAAUCCAGGACUUCCUUGCAGGGCGCGUCAUUAGCAGAACAGAGGGCCCUUGGCACAUAUUCAGCUUCCCCAUCCACGAACGCUUCCCAGCAAUUGUCCAGCUUGCUGUGCACCUAGAAAACGACGAACUUCGUUAUUUAUCUGCGGAUACAGCAAUGGAUGUGGCUGCGCGUACCAAAGACACAGCGGUUACAGCAUUCUUCAAACUUUGUCGACAGGACGAAUUUGCUAGGACUCUACUGUACCCAGACGUGCCUUCAUACUACGUGUGGACAGCUGGGCUCGGCGGAAGUGCGAGGCCAACGUCGAGGUCUAUCCAGGCGUCAAAAAAGACGCCACACUCGGAAGGGUAUUCACAGUUCCCCCAUCGCGACAGGAAUGUUUUUGCUUGUGACUCCUUUUGCACGAAGUUAGUGGUCCAACCAGCUACAAUAACUUACGGGCGGUUAAUGGAGUUUUAUGGGACACUUUUUGUGAGACCUGCCUCCAUCUCGGCCUUUUGGAAGACGACAGCCAGUGGGAUGCCACAAUGGCUGAGGGAGCUCUUUUAA